UGUUCGAGCCGGAGCUUCGAAGCGGAAGAGUUUUUCGUUUGAUGUUGGCACACGGUUGUACCUGUAUAUUCCCAGUAUGUCGCUCGCUUGCUAUGACCCAGUCAUGUUCUCUGGUCGAGCCAACCAGGUAGAAACAACAGUCUCUCAGUGGGUCUGAAACAACAGGCGAAGUGACGUAACCGUUACUCAGCUGAUCUGUAAACACUUGACGCUUGAAAUCGAUUUGAAGGUAAUGUUCACCAUAACAUCAGGUCGAGGUAACUAAGGAGUUCAUGUCGUUGCCAUGGAACCAAGCGAGGUCACUGUAGUUGUCCAUGGAGCUCGAGGUUUACAAGGGAAAAAAGCAGGUCGGUGUAAAUUCUCUGUGAUAUUUGGUGUUGGCUCAAAGAAGUAUCGUACCAGCAUUGUGAAAGACCCACCAGGAAACCCAGAUUGGAAUGAAGAAUCCACAGUGAAUGUGGGUUAUACUGGCGACCAUGUGUUCUUCACUGUCACAGAGAAGGAGGACAUCUUGGGUCAAGUGAUUGUGCCCCUGGCGGGUCUGACGACGACCCAAGGUCAGGUAAAACGUGUGUUUCUCAAGAGCCAUAAAAAAUGUCUGCAUCCACAAGGGGAACUCAUCUACCAGUGCUACGUGUCCAAACAGCGCCCUGUUUCCCAAACUCCGCUUAUUAAGACCAGUACCCCCAACAGCAGCAGUGGGGCCACUCUGACAGGGUUCGCUCGCCUGCGCCACAACCUCGCAGCAUCCCCGAUCCUUCCCCCACGAACAAAUCGGGAAAAGAGGGACAGCAAGAGUAGCAGCUCCUUGUCGAACUUCAACAAGAAACUCUCCAAGUCAAUACAUGACAUAUUCAGUUUUGGGAAGUCAUCCGAUGAUGAUGACACCAACUCAAGAAACCAGUCCAAAUUUGGCUGGAAGUUUAAAAGUAAUACGGAACUUGAUGCAUCAAGUCAGCCGCCGGUCAUCAGUGCGAUUAAUCCGAACAUUGCCCCGAUUGAAGGAGGAACCAAGCUGAGGAUUAGUGGGCAGCAUCUUGGAAUCGGAAAGUCGGACUUGAUAGAACUGCAGCUAUGUGGGUGUGACUUGCUCAACAGUGUAGAAUAUGAGUCUGAGAAUGCUGUAACCUGUGUCACGAAUGCCACAACCCCUGGGAAAGGGGAUCUGUGGAUUGAGACAGUAUCAGGAGGACAGAGUGUUCUCAAAAAUGUGUUUACGUUUGUGGAUACUUCAGUUGCGCUCAAAGAAGAUGACAACGGUGAGGCAGGUCUGGCCAUUGACAGCGGGACAACAUCCUUGAGCCUUGAAGACAGCCAUGUGCCUACAGAGUCCAGUAUACCAGUUCAGCCAAAGACUAAGCCACCAACACCUAUGCCCAGGAAAGAGUCUCAGUACACGUCUAACUCCCUGCCUCGCAUCAAGAGCUCCGACAACAUGGAGGGAGGCCGCUUCAAGAAGAACUUCAUGAAGCAUGUACGCCGCUCAAGCGAGUCCUCCAUGUUGAGGGAUGUCCCAGAGAGGAGAAGUACCUCAAAAGCAGAACUGAAAGAACAAGUUGAAAAGUUGCAGAAAGAAAACCAGACUCUGAAAGAAAACUACACGAAACUGCAGCUUGAGAACAAGGACAUGCGUGCUUAUAUCGAUCGCCUUCUGACAAAGGUGCUGGUACACUGUCCUGAGGCCCUGGAGUCAGAUCCUCCCACGUUCUAAUGACAAUACGUCUUCCACAGAUGGUGGCGGAUAGAUAAUGAGGACUUUGACAAGGGCAGCUGAUCUUUUCCCAGUGCCGUUGGGAUUAUUUUGUGUACUUCUGAGCUGAUAUGUGUGCAAGAACCUGUGAAUGAGUCGUCUCAGUGGCAUGUAGAGAGAAGAUGGUGGAGGUUGCCUGCCUGAAGAUACAGCAGAGCCAGCUUAAAGAAGUGUAUUUUGAAACGUGGUUUAGUCUUGAUCAACUACAGUCAAUGUGUCUAGUUGCUUCUUUGCCUGCCCCACAAUAGAGUGAAUUCAUUCAAUGCAGAUAAAGGUACUGGACUUCGUCACCCAUGGCAGCAGAGACCUGGGAUCUAGAUUGGUGCCCCUUGCACCUGCUUAAGUGGAAAAAUUGGAAAUGUUCCAAAUGAGUUAGAGAAUGAAAUUUAUCAUCAAGGAAUGGAAUAUGCAAAUGACAAAAACAUUUUUAAGACGGGGGAUUAAGGAUAACUUUCUAGCCAAAGGAAUGAAUGCAUCAGGAACUCACUCAAUAGACUGACACAGAAACUACCACAAGACUGACACACAAGAAGACAAGUAUUGGGUAGAUUCUCCUCGUACACACUUUACCCUCUCAUUACAAGAGGUUCGACUGGAAGAAGAGAGAAUGUUAUAGUGUGCACUGGAGAGAUAAAAAGUGAAGAUAUAUUUAUCAUUGAUUUAGGGGUGAUGUAACUAACUAUGUGCCCAGAUCUGAACAAGAGGACUGUUUGUUGGUGGUGAUUUUUCUGAAAACCACUCCACAACUCAUAUCAUGGUACCUACGAUGGUAGCAAAGUAUUUGGCAGGUGUAUCAUAUCGUCACAUCAUAUCCAACUGUCACUUGCGGUAUGUGACAGGGAUCAGGAUUACUUCUAACUUGUUGGCUAUGAGUUGCGCUGAAGUGGAUUUGUCUCUUCAACUCAGGGAUGAGACCUUUACUGUGGAUUUCUGCGGAUUUACCAUGCACUGGUUUAAUCUAUUGACUCCUGUACAUUUCUCAGCAUUGAAGUUAAUGACAAUUGAAAUUUGAAUCAUGUUGAAAUCUUGUUGAAAAUGUAAAUGCAGUUCUUUCACUGUCAUCCACAGCAGAUUUUUGAAGACGUCAACAGCAGUCAUCAAGAUAGUAGUGUCUUCACACAGGAAGUGGAAAUGAGUUAUGCCCCCUUCUUGUUUACCAAUAUGCCAGAAGACUUUCUAAUUCUAGUGUGCUGUUUUAAGUAAUUUUGAUAUUGAUUUGUUUGAAAUUAUGAAAGAAAAAAUUCAACCAUGAGGACAUAAUGAAAAACUGCGAAGCACAUGUCAGUUUCGUGUUGACCCCUAACAGGGUUGAUUGACUUCGCAUCCUAUGUGGUUACUAUGCAAACAUGUCCAUCACCAGUUAAAGUUGUGCCAUGAGUUUACAUAAAUAUUUAUUUGUCAUUGAAUGGCAGGAAUGACCAAGACAUCUUGACAUAUUGAAGAAAUUUCACUAUUAGGAUUGUGGAGGAUGUAUAUGAGAAAAGAAUGAAUCUCAUUACUUUUGAAAAAACUAGUCAUUUGUUUCAGUGUAUUUGAAAACUAAUAUUGUGAUUUACUGGUUGGUAGGUUGGCCAAUCUCUGCAGUGUAUAUACCACUCUGUCACACAGAUAUGUACAUUUACAUCCAGCAAGACAUGAUUCUCCUGUAUAUUGUGAAUCAGUAUCUAUCAAGUCAGCUAAUAUUUGUGAUAGUUAACCAAAUAAGUGUUGUUGACACUGAGACCUCUGUGACAAUAUGAAGACUUAAGGUGGCUGUUGUGGACAUGCACUUACUGCCGUGAUCGUAGUGAAGGAGAAUAGAUUGAAACUUUGCCACUGGCUGCUCGCCGGACAUGUGUUAUUCACCCUACCAUAGAGAUCUUACUGUGAAUUUCUGCACUUCCCAUCUCCGUUGAUAUUAGAGGUAUAUAAUGUCUCAACUAUCCCACCAACAUAAUUAACACUGGUAUAACUUAUGAGUACAUUGUGUGUUAGAGCUAUAUUUUAUAUCUAAAUAUAACAUUUAAAGGACUUGGUCACAGAGAAAACUAUUCUAUAUAUUUAUUUAUACCGAUACCUGGGACCAGUUUUAUCUAUAGAGUUGUGUCAGCCAAUAUGCAUGAUGUAAGCAAUGGGUAUGUAUUUAUAACUGAUCUGUUUUGUAUUGAUCACAACAUCAUGAAACGUUCUAAUGUGUUAUCUUUUCGAAAGGAGUAUUUUCAAUUUCAAGCACUUGUAACUUACAUGAUUUAGUUAGAGACCCCCAGUUUAGUAUUCUGGGAGAGGGACUGAGAGGUUUUGUUAGAGACUUUUAAAUACACAAUAUAAUUAUGUGAAAGAAGGACCUGAACAGUUUGUAUGUUUCAAAACACAUUUGUUUCCAGAACAUCCACCAUGUCUUGUGAACAGUUAACUGUGGAAAACCUGCGGGCAAAGGAUUUUGUUAAGAUCAUCCUGGGCUCCCCGGGAAUAUUAAAUAGUCGGUCCCUCAUGUUCUGGAGAGUGUGAGUUAUUUUCCACAUAGCAACUUGACAUGCUUAAGCUUUAAGCUAUCUCCAAACUAUUCAGAGAAUUAUUUUUUAGAAUUAUGCCUUUAGUGUGUGUAUAUAUAUGUGUAUCAUUUUGUGUUUAUUACAAAUGAAUAAUUUCCUGUGUAGAAGCUUAUGCAUAUCAAAUCACUAAUGGCUGAAUCUCCUAUUUAUUCUUGAAUGGGCAUAUUUACUUCUCAGUUCUUUACGUAAUUCACUUGCUUGUAUUACACAAGUGUAACCUGUCAUGACAGACAUUUGUUAGUCAUCUUGUUACCAUGGUUACUCAUUCUCUUGGUGCAUUUUAAUCUGAGUUGUGUCCCCUUGUAAUCCUUCACUGAUAUUAGCCAACAUGUAUUCCAAAUUUUUUAGAAUCUAUGAAUUAUUUAAGAUUCAGUUUGUUAAUCUGCAUUUUGCAAUGCGUCUGUAGAAUUACUUGACCACAAGACACUUGUUGUCUCAUACAACAUGACCACAUUUAGUUAUUUGUGUUUACUCAAGUGAAGUUGUUACAUGACUCAUAGACAAGGUAGUAUGGACUAUUCUGUCCACAAAGUUUAGGUUGUGAUGUCCAAAGAAUAUUUUCAGCAUUAUUUAUCUGAGUAUUUUCUUUUCUAGAGUAGAGAUUUUAUGUAUAUGUCAAAAUGUUUUGAUAAUCUGUUUUCUUUCAGAUGUUUGUUUGAGUGGAGUUGUGAUUUAGUUUGACAGAUGCUCUGGUUUUGUUUUCUGACAUAAUAUUUAGCAUUGACAAAUUAUGAUCACAAAUACUUCUUUGAUUAGCAAACAUGAAUAUUAACAUGAUUAAUGCUAAAUUAAGAAUUUACCACAAUUUUCGAAGUUCUCAGUUGUUUUCCUGAUCUCCGAACUUUUCUAUCUCUCCACUCCAGUAACUGAGCUUGUCUGCUGUGGUGACUGCCUGCUUCUGUACUUAACAAUAUGCAGUUUAAUCACCGCACUGAGUCUUUGUAUUCACUUGAAAUAAGAGUCUCACAUCAUUAUUAGUAGUCAAAAUAAUUUGAAAUAGUUCGAUGUGACCACUAGCUUGCCAAUUUUGUUUCGGUGCAGUGAUGAUGCCGUGGUUAUCUUACCAUUGAGGAGUGUAGAGGAGGAUAUAUACAUGUUUAGGGCAGUUACAUUGGUAAAUGAAACACUCUGGCCCCUAUUACAUGGAUAAUUGAUGUGUUAUUGAAGCUUUGGUAUUUAUGGUAUAUCAUGAGAAAGAUCUGAUUAUUUUGUUCUUUAAUUUAUUGAUAAUGAUUUUUUUCAUGAAAUCAGGUACUUGCAAUUCUGCAUUCAUUGUCAUCGGAAUAUUCUAUGAACAAGUGCUAUCAUUUAAGUUGAAGGUUGAUACUGAUAGUUAGAAAUGGUUUACCUAGUACACGUCAGUAUUUAUUCACGAGACUGUGUUCUUGAAAUGACGUAAACACUGAAGGACUACUACUAUAUUCCUGUGGAAACCCCUGGGAAUUCCCUUGCGCAUAUACUUACAGAGACGUUCUAUCUGAACACUUGGACACUUUAAUCUUCAACUCAGCAUUUUAGCAUACAUUGAGAAACAUCAGAAAGUUUGACUGCACGAUCAUUCACGAAUAUCCCUGCUGCGACCUAUCCUAGUGAAGAAAACGAAGAAAUGCACAUCCACUAUCGUAGUAUCGACUCGAUCUGUGUCUAGACUGACAACAGUUAAAGUCUACAGCAAUCUACGAAUUUACCUUAGUAUCUAUUUGACACAUCUUUACAAUCACCUUUCAAUGAUCAGCCAACUGAUCUUUCAUGACUAACUAAUGUAACUGACACAGGUUCAUUAACAACUUCGGAUAUCUCCCCCGUCAUGUUUAUCAUGUCAGCCAUUUUGAUGUCUUGUACCUGAUGUAAAUGUAUUAUGAUGCACUGUCAUUGUGACUGACUUUGUAAGGUAGUUCUUAACAGACCUUUCUCACCCAAUGAAGAUAUUAUUUGAAUACAUUUCUUGUAAACAAACUACAACAGAUGUUCAUGUAAAGCAAGUUGAGCAUACAUACGCUCAUGUUGCCUCUCUUUUUGGGAAACUUUUUAUUCUGUGAUACGGCUGGUUGUUGUAUGGCUGUCAGUGUAGACAUGAAAUCACACAUACAGAUCUAGCGCUACCUCCCUUGAGGUAUAAAAUAGUGAUAUAAAAAACUCUGAUGUUCAUACAGUUUGGCCCUCACUCUAUGAAGGUUCAUACUCCAAUGAACUCAAACAAAUUGAAUGUCAAUUCUUCAUUGCAUUUAUGGAGGUAUAAACAUAACAAACUGUGUACUGUGUAUCAGGGUAUGUUUAUUGUUAAGUAGUCAUGAUUGUCAGACCGUAAACAUGUCUACCAAUUAUAUAGAUGAAAACUAUCCAUGUAAGGCCAGUUAUUAUACAUUCUUGUUUCCCAAGACUUUGUUUCAAAACAGACUGAGUAGUGAGGGAGGAUUUGCUACUUUUCAUUAUUGUAUAGUAGGCUACAUUCUCUAGAAAACCUGAUCCUCGGUACCACAAGGCAUCUCCUGAAGAGACUGGGCUGAGGCCUUUCUGGUCAUGUCCAGGUUCACUUGUGAGUCCUGACCCAGCUACAUUACCAAGGACAUGGCACAAGCACAGAAAAACAACAUUUUAAUCUGGUGCAAAAGAAAACUGAGUUUGAAAGUCAUUUCUUAUCCAUGCUGGGGCAAGUGACAGGCAGGUCAUUAGAAAGGAAAGACUUCCACCCAUAUCCCCCUCCGAAAGUUCUAUAUUUACAGCUUGCAUGUUUCUUCUAACGAUAUGUUUUUGAAGGGGGAUACGGGCAGAAGUCUUACCUUGAGAAAUAAGAUAAAACUAAUAUGAACUCAUUUUAAGUAUUUUCCAAGACAGAUAUGUAAGAUGAAUAUAGAUGUUUGAAGUGUUUGAGGCAGUGCUAUGUCAUAAUUUCCAUCAAUAAUACCUGCUAUAUAUGUAUUGUCUCAAGAUACUUUGGAUGAGUGAUCUAUGUUGGCUGAGAGAUGUGUGAAUGUAGUCCCAUAGAGUGAGCCUACAGUAGCCUCUCCACACAAACUGCAUUUAGUGGCAGAAUCUCAUGUUAUCAGUCCAGAUGUCUGUAGAAAGCAGUAGCUUUGAGUGAGGAAAGUAUAGCUGGUUAUUUUGAUGUAAGAUAAAAGAUGAGAUUACAAAUUGUAUAAUCAAUAAUUUUACAGUAGAAAUUGUCAUUUCAGUCAGGUGUUUUGAAAGACACAGAUGGCACAGUGUAUUUGGAUAAAAUAUGACCUGUCUUAUACCAUUCCAAUUGUUGUAGCAAACAUGGCAUUAAGCUGUGAUUAUUGUGUGUAUUCCCAUUCAUUGUCAGAAUUAGUUGAUAUUCCAGCCCCGUGAAAGGCUUGACUUAAUGCACACAGUCCUCAAUGUGGUUAGCUCUGCAAUUGUGAAAUAUUUACAUUCCAAGUGCUAAAUGUCAGUUAUUAGUAAUUAAUAUGGGGGCUACUUUGGGGCUGUGAAGGUGGGGCAUCCAUGAGUACACUUUAACAAAUGUCAGUCUCUCCACAUGUUUGCCAUGAUGUUUAGGAACACUUUCCUGGCUUGCUCCUAUGGUCCUUCCCAGAAAAAAAACAUGCAAAUAUAAAUUGGGAAAAAUGAAAUCUACAUGAAGAUCCUCUCAAUGACAUUUGUUCCAUGACCCACCUCUAAAUUGUGUUAUUUUACACCCCUCCCCUAGACCUGAGAGGUCUGUCUCCCCUCCCAUGUUGAAUGGCUGUCCGUGCUCACCCGGCCUGCAGCAGGGAGCACUUGCCCAGGGUACCACUCAUGUGAUAGCAACUCAUCUAGGUAUUCAUUGACCAGUCUCCACAACUGUGUCAGGGUUGUACAAACUGGAUGAGGAUCUGUUCAGUUCCCAAAUUGUUUGAUAUGCUAAAAUUGACAGGUUGGUCAAUCAAGAGUCUUCCAUGAAGAUGCAUGUGUGCCAUGUAGAGACUGCACAUACAGUGUCUGUGAUACAGUUCAAUAACAGGAUGCAAAAGUAAUGUUUUAGUUACAUGUUCACAGUUGGUUUGUUGUCUUAGUCACAUGUUUUCAAGAAAUAUAAGAAAUAAUUUGUACCUAAAUGUUAACAGUUCAAACUUAAAAUUACUGAAAUUGAUCUGGUUGUGGUUUCGCACAAUAUUUGCACACACUAGGAGCCACGUUAGUAUAGGCAGUCAUGUCAUGAUACAAAGUUGGUAAAACAAAGCUUAAAGCUUGUCAGUAUAAAGUAAAGUUUGUAUUGGUUUGAGUUGAAGUAUGUGCUGAUUGAGCCACAGAGGCUUGGAGUCUAAGACAGCCAUUUUCAGAAAGUGACGCACAUUCCUUUGAUUACGGACAUACACAGAGUUCCCUUGUAGGUUUUUCUUGAUAAACGCCACUUUAAAUGUCAGGUCGGUAGUCUAAUGUCAGAGUGGACAACUUCUCUGCGUCUCCCACACACCCACAACCUCCUCAUUCCCCCAGACAUUUCUCAUGGAGACUUCAUACUUCAGGUACAGGCAAUUAAAAGACAGUUUUUGUUUAAGAGUUUCAAUUCUUGAAUAUUUUUUAUGUGUUAUUUUACCUGGGAUUUCUGUAAAUGGCAAGGGCAAGUAACUCUAAAAGUGCUUUAGCAAACUAAAAAAACCUUAUCUCAUUUAUUUUAAAUUUAGAAUGUAUUUAAAAAGUGAACGCUUGUCAUUUUGGUGUAGGUUUGGUGCCUGCGUCCUAUAGCUUGCCAUUGAAGCAGUAGAAUUUCCAUUUUAUUACCCAGACAUACAGACAUAUCAGGUCUGUAUUGGAGGAUGUGGUCACUUGGUCCCACUGGUGAUUCGCCGUCUUGCCCUGAAGAUUACACUGUCGACCUGAUCACACUGCAGGCUGGAGUCAUGGGGCGAGAAUAUUGUCAUGACAUGUCAUUCAGUUUGAAAUGUUAUAUUGUCCUGGGAAACAAAGUACAAGCUGAGACUUGAGGUAUUUUUUGUUAACACUGUGGCCCACAGCUGUUGUGUACUUCUUUGAUAUCCUGUGGGUUAAUCUAUUGCGGCUGUGGGUAUUGCAUGUACAGUCAGAUAAUGGACACAAGUAUCAUGGUAUCAACAUUCAUAUUGUUCCCAUAUUAUUUAUUUAUAUAAAUAAAGGUAUUUUACCAUUG